GCAACUGGCAGGCUCGCCCCCUGAUUGGUCAGAGCGCGCCUGGCUCGCGACGUGAUUGGUCGGAGGCGCCGCCGCCAGCUGCUACAUAGACGCGGCCGGGAGGACAUUUUGUUGCUACUCGGACUGCAGUCGGCGAAGAGAGAAGAAGGAGGCCACGGCUUCUUUGUUGUCUUUUUAAAGGAGUGUGUUGAAAUAAAAAACAUCACUGCGCUUCCCUUUCGACGCCAACAGAAGGGAUUCUGAGUCCACAGUAACCCAGACGAAAGGCUUUGACCAACCAAGCCUGAAGAAGUCGGUGCCCGACUUCGCUGACUACGUGCGCCGGGGUGAAUUCAUGUUCAGCUCGGCUCUACGACCAAACGACGCCCAUUGGCACACAACAACCAGACGAAGCACCGCGACGGGACAAAAGCAGCCCGAAGCCCGCAGGAGACGACCCAACAGCCGGAGGCCGCUUGGAGGCGAAAGACUGAAGACGACGACGAAGAGGGGCUUUCUUUUCCCGUUCGUGGCAACAAAGAGGUGACACUCAGUUUGGCAGCAUCAUGGGUGGUGGAGGCGGAGAGAGAAUCAACAUUCCAGGCCCUCACCACGAACGCCCCAAGAAGAAGAACCAUCAGUUGGGCCGGGCCAAGCCGAGAAGCCCAAGCGGCGCCGUCGUGGCUGCGUCCGCCACAGGGGGUGCCGGCGUCCUCCACCGCAAGGGCGCCGUCUACCACAGGUCCCCAGAGGCCGACAAGGGCGCGGCCGUCCGAUUUGCCGUGUACGAGCAGAACUGGGAGGGGGCCGUGUCCCACCUGAACACGCUCCUGAUCGCCCAGGGCAGUCCCAGCUACGCCGGGCCCAAGUUCAGCGAGCCGCCCUCGCCCAGCGUGUUGCCCAAGCCCCCCAGUCACUGGGUGUCCUUCCCCAUCAGGGGGUGUGACCACCGGGAGAUGAUGGCCUUCCAGCUCAAAAGCCUUUUAAAGGUGCAGGCCUGAUGGGGGCGGGGCUACCUCUGAGGGCACCCCCCCACCAGGAACACUUCUGUGCUGUGAUAAGUGAGGCUCAUUUUGAUCUUGACUUUACAGCUCUGCUGCCUUGCUGGUGGGUGCUGCCCUCAGACCACUCCCCCACACUUUAGCUGCUGUUUUGUUCUUUUUAUUUUGGCUACUCGAAGCAGAUUGGGUGCACUUAUUUUUAACGUGUAGUUCCCUUCUAUCACUGAUAGUCAUGUGGACACUUUUGUUUCCUUCUCCGUGGGUUGCCUGCAAGACUACAGGUGUUUAAACACGUAGUCAACUUCCCCUACCAUUUUUCAAAAUAAGAGCCUCAUGUUCUUGUUAUGAACUAAAUUGCGACGCUCAAUUCCGCAGGGAAAGAAUGGGCGGACAUCAUGGCACACCUGUUGGCUCCUGUACCUUUUGUUGUUGUUUUGACUGCGCUGUGCGCACAUGCACUAUAGGGGCCAAGCUGGUCUGGGGCCCACAACUCUUGUGUUUGCUGGGUGUGUGGAACCAAAGUAAUGCUAGGACAGCUUCUUGUAGCACCUCCAGUCUUUCUCCAAGCCAGGCCUGUGCAGCUUUUGACACGCGGAAGAGGACCAGGCUUCAGACUUGUGGCCCCCAUCUGGGCCCCCACGUCUCAGGCCGCCGUCCUUGUGGGCUGCACCCGCCUUGCUUGGACAAAGACACUCGAAGAAGCUGUCUGUGUUUGUGUGUGACGGAAGAUGUGAAACAAGCGUCGUGGUUUACAAGAAGUCACCAUGAAGUUGGGAGACGUGUCACUCGCCAGUUAGCCCGUUUUGCACUGCGGUCACUUCAUGUUCAUACGUUACAGGCACCAUACUGUGCGUCAUGUUCAUACGUCACAGGCACCGUACUGUGCGUCAUGUUCAUACGUUACAGGCACCAUACUGUGCGUCAUGUUCAUACGUUACAGGCAUCAUACUGUGCGUCAUGUUCAUACGUUACAGGCACCAUACUGUGCGUCAUGUUCAUACGUUACAGGCACCAUACUGUGCGUCAUGUUCAUACGUUACAGGCAUCAUACUGUGCGUCAUGUUCAUACGUUACAGGCACCGUACUGUGCGUCAUGUUCAUACGUUACAGGCACCGUACUGUGCGUCAUGUUCAUACGUCACAGGCACCGUACUGUGCGUCAUGUUCAUACGUUACAGGCACCGUACUGUGCGUCAUGUUCAUACGUUACAGGCACCGUACUGUGCGUCAUGUUCAUACGUUACAGGCACCGUACUGUGCGUCAUGUUCAUACGUUACAGGCACCGUACUGUGCGUCAUGUUCAUACGUUACAGGCACCGUACUGUGCGUCAUGUUCAUACGUUACAGGCACCGUACUGUGCGUCAUGUUCAUACGUUACAGGCACCGUACUGUGCGUCAUGUUCAUACGUUACAGGCACCGUACUGUUGAAUCAACAGAUGCGUAAUCGACUAUCUUUAAUUUUUUUUUACAUGGUUUUUAAAUCGGACGAGCCAGUUUAUUUGCUUUCCCCGUUUUCGAAUGUUUCUAGCCAGAUUAAAGAUGACAAAGCAGCAUUUAAAUCACGUAUUUCAGGAGCCAUGUAAAUAAGUGACAUGUAAAGUUCUUGUAGCAUAUUGUGUACAUUUGCAGGCCCGCCUUGAGGCUUGUUGACAAAAAGUAUUUUUAGUAAUAACACUGAAUGUAUGAGACAUGCUCGGGACGUGUCGACUUCAAUGCUGAAGAAUAUUUUUGUUAAGAAAAAAGGAAAAGUAAUUGCCAGUAACCUGCACUGAAGUCUUUCUGGAGAUGUUGCACAUUUUAUAUUUUGUACGUAAGCAGUGUAGGAUGCAAACAUGAACUAACAUGGACCCAAUUCGCUUCUGAGACCGUAAUGCACCACUUUGAUUUCUGGAUGAACAUUUUAUUGAAGACCCCUCCAAAGUUAAGCAUUUUUAAAUCAUGUUUCUGCUGUUCUUCCGCCAGCUGUUCUCCAUUGUUCUACUUAUUUGUUGAUUCAGUGCAAAGUGGUGCAUUGCAAAGUCUCCUGUGCUAAAUUAGAUACAAUUGGCUAUUAAUUUGAAUCCCCUCUGACAAAGUCAUCUAUGUGAAAGAAAAUGCCCUCAAUGAAGAUUUGUAACAAUUGGUUUAUAAACGCUGAAUAUAAUGAAAUCAGAUUUAAACAAAAUUUUUCAAAGAAAAAAUAAAAUCCCUUUCCCUCCCCCUAAA